UACCUUCUAGGCUGGGCAUCCUUGCAGUGGAAGCCAGAACAAGGAGUAGGCUGCAGCUUUUCUCAGAAAACCAUUCAGAAUGUUGCCCAUAGGCAUAUUUUGGAUGACUCUACUGAUUUCUCAGAUUGAAGAAAAGGUGAUUGUUGGAGUAGAGGGUCAACAACUAGUCCGUCCUAAAAAGCUCCCCCUGAUACGGAAACGGGAUCUUGAACACACCCAUGACUCUGAUAUGCCGGAGGCAUAUGAAGAAGAACUGUUGUAUGAACUAAAAUUGGGCAAAAAAACUUUAAUCCUUCACCUUCUGAAAUCAAGGGAAUUCCUCGCCUCAAAUUACAGUGAGACAUACUACAAUGUAAAGGGAGAUAUGUUCACCAGGCACCCACCGAUCUUGGAUCACUGUUUUUACCAAGGGUCCAUCAUACAUGAAUUUGAUUCUGCUGCUAGUAUCAGCACUUGUAAUGGUCUGAGGGGCUUCUUCAGAGUGAAUGACCAACGGUAUCUCAUCGAACCAGUAAAAUACUCGGAUGAGGGAGAGCAUUUGGUGUUCAAAUACAAUGUUAAGGCGCCCUAUGCUACCAAUUAUUCCUGUUCAGGGCUCAAUUUUACCAAGAAGUUUGCUCCGAUAGAUGCUAAGUAUAUAAAAGAGCACAAAGGGGAAGGCUUCCACAAAGAAAACUUUAUUGAACUGUUCAUUGUUGUUGAUGAAUAUGUGUCCCGCAGGAAUAGUAGACCCCAAAACAAGCUAAGGAAACGAAUUUGGGGAAUGGUCAAUUUUGUCAACAUGAUUUAUAAAACCUUGAACAUCCAUGUGACAUUGGCUGGCCUUGAAAUAUGGUCAACUGGAGACAAGAUAGAAAUAGCUUCAAAUCUAGAAACUACCUUAAUGAGUUUUUCCACUUGGCAAGAAACAGUUCUCAAAAAAAGGAAGGACUUUGAUCAUGUGAUUUUACUGAGUGGGAAGUGGCUCUACACACCUAUGCAAGGAAUUGCUUACCCAGGAGGAAUGUGCCAGGCCCUUCGUUCAUGCAGCAUUGUUAAGGAUCUUCUACCAGAUGUAAAUAUAAUUGGGAACAGAAUGGCACAUCAGUUGGGACAUAGCCUGGGCAUGCAACAUGAUGAAUUUCCAUGCACCUGUCCUGUGGGAAAAUGUGUGAUGGGUGGUAGUGGAAGCAUCCCUGGAAUAAAAUUCAGUAAAUGCAGCCAAGCCCAAUACCAGCAAUAUCUGAAGGAUCAGAAACCAGCAUGCAUACUCAACAAUCCACUUCCUACUAACUUAAUUGAUUAUCCAUUUUGUGGGAACAAGAAGGUAGACGAAGGAGAAGAGUGUGACUGUGGACCAGUUCAGGAAUGCACUAAUCCGUGCUGUGAUGCACAUAGAUGUGUCCUGAAGCCAGGAUUCACUUGUGUGAAAGGAGAGUGCUGCGAAUCGUGUCAGAUUAAGAAAGAAGGGACCAUAUGCAGAGUAGCGAAAAAUGAAUGUGAUUUUUCUGAGCUGUGUACUGGCCACUCCCCUGAGUGUCCUAAGGACAAGUUCCGGGCCAAUGGGUUUCCUUGCAAGAAUGGAGAAGGUUACUGCUUUAUGGGGCAGUGUCCCACUCUGGAUGAUCAAUGUUCAAAGCUGUUCAAUGAUGGAGCACAAGAGAGUCACAGUCUUUGCUACAAGAUGAAUAAAAAAGGAAACAGAUUUGGAUAUUGCACAAAAAAGGGAAACACAUUUGUUGCCUGUGAAGAGAGAGAUCUCAAAUGUGGAAAGAUAUUCUGUACUGGAGGUCAGCGUUCAUCACUCCUGGGAGAGGAUAAAACAUAUAACCUUAAGAAUCAGAAGCAGAACGUGACCAUGAAAUGCAAAACCAUGUUUUUAUACCACAAUUCUAGAGACAUUGGUCUGGUUAAUUCUGGAACAAAAUGUGGAGAGGGAAUGGUUUGUAGCAAUGGCGAAUGUGUUCCAAUGGAAAAGGCCUACAAUUCAACCAGCUGCCCCUCCCAGUGUGAUGACAAUGCUGUGGAUGACCACGAACAUGAGUGCCAGUGUGAGGAUGGACCAAUAAUUGCUGACUGGGGAGAAACCUUAAACCUUACCAGUGUCUCUAUCAUGGUCGUUGUGCUUGUCAUGGUUAUUAUUGGUGUUGGACUUGUCGUAUUAUUAGUUCGUUACCAGAAAUGCAUCAAGAUAAAGCAAAUUCAAAACUCUCCUAGAGAAAUGCAGGGAGUAGAGAAUAAAGGAUACUUUCCUGAUGAGCACCACACAAGGAGUGAACCAAUUCUGACAGACAUCCAUCCCUUACAUAGUACUGCAGAGUCAUUGGAAAGCCUUCCAUCCAGCUUUUCAAGUCCUCACUACAUCACACUGAAAUCUAUCAGCAAGGACUCAAGAGGAAUUGCAGAUCCCAAGCAAGGUGAUAACAUGAACUUGAAACUGGAUAUUCAAAACGGCUGUGCAAGACUGGGAUGAAGAGCUUCCCUGCAGAUCACCCCAGCCAUGAUGUCUGCUGAACAGAUUUUGAUUGUUUUUCCAAAUAUUCCUUAUCUGGAUAGAAAAUGUUCAAGAGAAACAGUUUCUUUCUGUUAAUAUUUAGUCAUAGAACCCACAGCCUAUAGCACAGACUGUAUGCUCUGGAAAAUUUGUGUAUGAAUUUUCCAAUGGGCUUUAACUCAAUGUCCAAAUAGGAAGUCUCUCUGCUCUAGCAAUUGCUUGCACAAUAUUAAUCUUGUCGCUUUUAUAAGAAUUAAAACUUGGACAGUGAUCAUUUAAAGCCUCACGUAUAAGAAACAAACAGGGCUAGUGAUUGAAUGGUUACUUUGUGAAGGUCAUAACGGCGCUUACUUUCAGGUCAGAUGUGGUGACCCAGGGCUGGGAUCCCUGGAGGCUGAGGCAAGAUGAUCUCAGGUUCAGGAUCUAUGUGGGCUGCAAAGAGAGCUCAAGUCAAGUCAUUAGGAAUGAGCUCAGUGGUACAGCAGAGUGGAGGACACUGUAGGAUCAACUCCUAGAACUAAAAAUAAAAAAGAAAGAUCAAAACAAACAAAGAGUGCCUAUUUUGAUUUUCAAGCUAUACCAUUGAAAUCUGGCUUAAAUGAAAUUGUCUCCCUAUAGAAGUUCCAGGGAGAUAAGGUCAGGGUAGUGAGUUAUACUAGUUGAUUAAAAGUGGAGGGAACUAAAGAUCGGCCCCAUUGACUACAGAAUAGUCAUAUAGCAUACCAUCUACAACCUGGAGUAUAGGGGCUCCUAGAAACUCUGGUUUCCUAGGUCUGCCUUUCUAAUGUUCUAUAAGAAGCUCUGUAGAUGUUAGGGAUUUUAAAAAGUUCCCUCCACCUCGUUGUGUGCAUGCUGGGUCUCUGAGGCCCCCGGGAUACACGGAUGAGUGCUUAGUGUGCAGCUUCCAUCCUGCAGAUCUCUGAAGGCCCAUGGGUUCGUGUUUUGUGUGGGGUUGUUUCCUUGUACAGAUACCUGUGGGUGGGAGCACUCUCUCACAGUCUCUGUUUACUUGUUGGGAACUGUUAAGCCUGCUGAAGCUUUGCUAUU